CCCAAAGUUCUCCGCGAAAGGCCCACAUUGGUCCAAAUUGACCCAAAUCUCUCAGAAUGGCCCACAUUGGCCCAAAUUGACCCAAAUGUCUCUGACAAGGCCCCAGAUUGGACCGAGUCGGCCCAAACCAGACCGAGUCGGCCCAAAUCUCUCCGAGAACUGCCCGUACUGGCCCAAAUUUUCUCCGAAAACCCCCGAAAUUUCUUCCCCCUCCUCCCCCCCCAGCCCGAAACGCCGGCGACGCAGCGCAUGGUGGAGAGCCUGCUGCAGAAAUUCGCGGCCCAGGAGCUGAUUGAGGUGCGCCGGGGGCUGUUGGCCGAAGGCCCCACCAUCGUCACCUACGCCGACCACUCCAAACUGGCGGCCAUGACCGGCGCCGAACGCGUCGGCGACGGCGAUGCCGACGUCGCCGGGAGGAAGCGCCGAGCGGAACAGGACAACGGGAGCGGGGCCGGCGUCGCCGGCGCGGAAACGGGGAAGGAAACGGCGAAGAAAUCCCGGAAGCAGGCGUCCGACGUGGACCUGGAGAUCGAGAGUUUGCUCAGCCAGCAGUCCACCAAGGAGCAGCAGAGCAAAAAAGUGAGCCAGGAGAUCCUGGAGCUGCUGAACACCACCACGGCCAAGGAGCAGUCCAUCGUGGAGAAGUUCCGCUCGCGGGGUCGGGCGCAGGUGCAGGAAUUCUGCGACCACGGCACCAAGGAGGAAUGCGUCAAAGCCACCGGCGCCGAGAGGCCGUGCCGGAAGCUCCACUUCCGGUCGGGGUGAAGGGGAACCCUCAAGGCUUCAACCGCGGCCUGGACUGCGACGUCAUCGUGGCCGAGGUCCGCUCCACCAGCCACAAACCCGACGAAAUCUACGGCAUGAUCGAGCGCCUCUCGCCCGGCACCCGCAAGAUCGAACUCUUCGGCCGGCCCCACAACGUCCAACCCAAUUGGAUCACCUUGGGGAACCAACUGGACGGGAUCCACCUGCUGGACCCGGACGUGGUGGCUCAGUUCAAGCAGCACUACCCCGACGGGAUCAUCUCCAAACCCAAAAACGUGUAAUUUCCGCGGCGCCGUUUUGGGGCGCUUUGGGACAAAAUGAUCAUUUUGCCCUUCCCCUCCCUCCCCUUUCACCCGAAGAGCCAAAAAUAGACAUUUUCGGCGCGCGUUUUGGGGCGAAACCGGCGGAAAAAAACGCACCCGCAAAAAGGGACACAAAACCUCUUGGCUCUUUUUUUUUCUUUCUUUUUUUUUUUUUUUUAAUAGAAAUCGCCCAAAUUUGCCCCAAAAAUGGAAAUGGGGGAAGAGGAGGGGAGGGGGGGAAGGGCGUGGGGUGAAUUUUUGGGGUGAAUUUUGGGGUGAAUUCAGUGUUAUUUGACGAAAACCACGUUGUUGCUGGCGUUGCGGGCGGCCAACCAGGCCAGGAAGACGUCCCUGCAAGAAAUUUUGGGGUAAAUUUCGCCGGUUUUGGGUCUCUUCUUCGUUUCGAUGGCGUUCUAUUAAAUUUGGGGGACUUGGGGGCAUUUUGGAGAUUUCUGAUUGAAAUUUUGGGUUCAAUUCCUCCGUUUUUGGGUCUUUUCUCCAUUCUUAUGGCACUUCAUUAAAUUUUGGGGCAUUUGA